AUGCCGAUUUUCUCCCUCUGCUACAGCCAUGGUAAGGUCUCGAUCUCUUUGUUACAACGAACUCCGGCAUACCUCAACAGCCUGUUGGAUGUUAAUGGUGGUUCGGAGUCUAAGCAUUUUCGCAAGGAAAUACGGCCCUACAAUGGCAUGUUUUCGAUGAGUUCAGUAGGUGCCAAACUUGAUCGACGGGUUACUAAGUCGUCAGGUCCAUACUACCAUCACAUGGCUUUUAAAAGUGUUGUUGGCAUCAAACCAGAAGAUAAACCUGAUGUUGUUGUUCGUGUCUUCAGAAUGAAGGUUGCUGCUUUGAAGGAACAGAUCCACAAAUAUCAAUUCUUCGGAAAAUCAGUUGCA